GCGUCUGUCCAUCCGUUCGCUUCACAUUUUACGAAAGGACACUGGACGUAGCUAUCCGCCUUUGCUGGCAUAUGUAAUACAUCAUGUUCAUAUUGGGCCCGCCGCGUCAAUCCUAAUAUCACAAUCGAACCUUCCAGUUAGGCUGCAAUAACGAAAGUAGAGUUCCAGGAAUACGUGAUAAUAAAACACGAAAUGAUAUGAACAACAUUGGGACAACUGCACUUUACCGGACACACUUUCGGAGGGGCGCUUUGAGAAUCGAACUCGCAUUACCAGCCUGAAGCUUGUCAAACGGAUGCACAAUGAAGUGUCUGGAAUGUAAAGAAAACAAGCUGUCCAAUGAAUUUCCACAGUUUGACCUGACUGAGAGUUGCCAACACCCAAAAUUUCACUGCAUGAGGUGUGUGAUUCGGCAUGUGAAAGAGAAGAAAUGUUGUCCUUAUCCAGAAUGUGGAAAGCCUGUGGCACCUGAAUGCAGAAAUAUUGCUGUAGUUCAGCGCACCUUGGAUGAGAUGUUCCGUGAGUACACUACAGAGUACACUCCCUUGGUUAUCCCCGAAGGAGCCAGUGAGGGUGUGGUGCGUGUGGCUGUACUGAAUGGGGACUCAAUGACAGUGAACUACAGGCCCUACAUGACAAUACUGGAGCUGAAGCAGUCCAUACAGAACAAGUUAAAGCAUGAGGUUCAGAAACAGAAGCUGCUGUACAAAGAUAAAGAGAUAAAGGUGUAUGGAGAUGGUCAGAAACAGAUGAAGUUGAGUGACUACAACAUUCAGCCUAACUCUACAGUCUACCUGGUUGUUCUGAUGUUGGCCAUUCCAGAAGGGUUUGAUCAUGUCGUCUUUGAUCUCUACUGGGGAUUUCCACUUUCUGGGCAGGAUUAUCUUGAUGCUUCCUGUCUUCUCUACAAAGGAACAGACUUUGUAUCGCUUGCAGAUUGGCGUAACCAUAGCUGUGGCAAUAAUGCUGUCAAGCAUUCUGGAGAUAUAAUAAAUCACUCAAAGAGGCAAGGUCAUCAUAUCAUCAAUGUCAGUCUCAAAAAUAUACCAAGUAAUGUUUCCCACUUAUUUUUCACAUUAAGUGCAUGGACUGCACCUAACAUAUCCAAAUACCCAAACCCCAGCCUGAAGUUCUAUGAAGCUGACAAACCGAAUACAGAUUUGUGUAAGACAACCUUCACACAUGCCAAUCACAGCCAGGCUGUCAUCAUGUGCUCAGUGUCAAGGUCGGGGGGCGGAUGGGCUAUCUACGAGUCAGGGAAACUCUCAGCAGGAAAUGCUAAACGUUAUGAUCCCAUCAAGGGCAGUAUUCGAACACUGAUAUCACAGGGAUACUGAAACAGAUCAUUUUCACAAGUAGGUCUGUAGUUGGGAGGUGUGACAGCAAGUAAACUUUAGGAUCAUCAUAUACCAAAACUGUCUAUUCUAGAUUUUGUUGGAUACUUCAAAACCAAUUUUGGUUUCAUUUCAGUAUAGGCUAAAGCCAUUUAAGGUUUAAAUCUUGCAAAGAAUAUAGCUGGAAUAAUAGUGAGUUGGUGGGUGUGGGUUUAAGCUGUUUAAUCAAUAUUCCAGCAAUAUCUUGGGGGGGGGGGGACACAUGGGCUUCACUCAUUGUACCCAUGGAGGAAAUCAAACCUGGGCCUCGGUGAACAAGCAAAUGCUCUAGCUACUAGGCUACCCCAUCACCACAAUAAUAAAUAGGCUACCACAUCACCUUCAAAUGUAGUCAUAUCAGAUAAGAACUGUGCUCUCCUCAGACACUGAUACUGCGUGGGAAUAUUUCUUACUGUAGCAUGGCACAAUUAACAUUCACAACAUCUGAGAGAAUGCAUGUGAAUGCUUGGUUAAUCCUCACUGGUAAUGCAGAAAGUAGCCUGGACACUUAGAAUUUGUUUUGACUUUGUAGAGGCGUACUUGUUUCUCCUCAUCAAAAUAUGCUUCAGUUACAGUGUUAAAGCAUUGCAUUCACUUAUCAACAGUUCCGUCAUGCAUUAGAACGUAUCAUUUUCAUCACUGAUGUGCAUUUGUGGAGAAUGACUUGCUUUUCUACAUUCACAUUCUUGGUAGAACAAAUGGUGGAAUAUUUCAGACUGUCAUGUCAAUUGUGGAUGUAUGUCUCAAAGUGUUGUCAAAUAUGAUCACCCUUUGAUAUGUUUGAGUUGGUUGAUUUUUUAUAUGGUGCUCAUGAAUGGAAGUAAGACAUGUGUAAAUUAUAUUUGUCAAAGAGGAUAUAUACCUUAUUUUCUUGAGUAUAGGGCACACUUUUUUCCAAAAACACACAGCUGUGUAGAAGGGGGUGUGCAUUAUACACGCCAUAAUGAGUUUUGAUGUUUCUAGCUGGGAUGGGUUACUCGGGUACUCAGGUUGGGUAGGACCCGGUUACCAACAGGACUACUCGGACCCGUGUUUAAUCAUGUGACAUAUUGUUUAAUGACAAACAUUAUCUAGAACUCUUUGGUUACACCAUAAGUGAGACCGCCUCCGUGGUCUAGUGGAAGAGCGUCCGCCCGGAGAGUGGAAGGUCCGGGGUUCGAUCCCCGGCCGCGUCAGACCAAAAGACGUUA